AACCUGCGGAAAAAGAAAAAAACAUUCAGGAUUUUUUUUAAAUUGUUUGUUUGUUUGUUGGAGACGGUAUGGGGAUGUAACCGGUUUACACAUGCACUUGGAAGCGGCGCGAGGUUGCCUCCAGAUUGAGAAGAGCAAACUGCAGGGGCGUGUGGUUAAUUGAAAUCGAUCCGGUGGUCUCUUUUUGAAUGUGACGCAGCAGCAGAGGUUCUUUCUCCUCUCCUCUCCUCUCCUCUCCUCUCCUCCUCCCCCCCAUCUCUCACCUCCAACAUGACUUCACUGUCGGGGACCAAGGAGAGGUCUGUGAGCAGCCGGAGCAGAAAAUAUGGGAUGCCUGACACUUCACCGACCAAAUCUGCCUCCUUUUUCCCUGACACGUGGUACCGAAAGGCCUAUGAGGAAACCACCCGGUCCAGCACACGCCCCAACCCGGAGGGUGCCGGCUCCAUGCCAAGCUCCACAGGCACCCCGUCCCCAGGCUCAGGAAUCUCUUCACCAGGGUCCUUCUCUGGAUCACCGGGGACCAUCUCUCCGGGGAUUGGAACAGGAUCGCCUGGUUCUCUAGGUGGCUCCCCGGGUUUUGGUACUGGAUCACCGGCCUCAGGCAGUGGAAGUUCCCCUGGGAGUGAAAGAGGGAUAUGGUGUGAGAACUGUAAUGCUAGGCUGACAGAGCUGAAAAGACAAGCACUGAAACUGCUCAUCCCUGGACCUUAUUCCAGCAAGGAUCCCUCCUUCUCCCUCCUCCUCCAUGAUAAGCUUCAGGUGCCUAACAGUUCUCGGCGGGCGUGGAAUGAGCGUGAUAGUCGCUGUGAUGUCUGCGCUACUCACCUCACUCAGCUCAAACAGGAAGCUGUGCGCAUGGUCCUCACUCUUGACCAGUGGGAUUUGUCUCCCACCUCUUCCCCCCCUGCUUUGAUUGGACGAUAUGGAUCUCAAGGACCUCCGGGGCCACUCGGAGCAUCUGGAGUACCAGGAGGCCCUGGAUCUCGGGACUGGUCUCCUCCUUUUCUUCCUUCCUCAUCCUCCUCAGCAGCUGCUGCUGCUUCAUAUCCUCCUCACCAAUCAUCCCAGUCACCUUCCCCAAGCCCAAGCCAGACGCCAACGCCCAGCCCGAGCCACGGACCAUCCAACGCCAGCCAUGGGAGUCCCUCAGUGGGGCAAACGUCCAGCUGUGCUCCCACAAACCCACAACCUCAAGGUCCAGGGCACAGACUGGGGUCCAAGCCCAGCUCUCUGGGGCUUGGAGGUGGGGUAGACAGAAGGAAUGGGUCCCCCAGUUCAGGAAAAGCAGCUGGUUCCCAGCAGCAACCAGUAACUGGAGUAAACAGCCCCAGCAAUAACAGUGGUAACAGCAGUAAUAACGGGAGUGGAGCAGUACUGAGUACAGCAGCUCUGCAAGCCCAUCAGCACAUGAACCGAACUAAUGGAGGAGUGACACUCUAUCCGUACCAGAUCUCCCAGAUGAUCUCUGAGGCCUCCAGAGAAGGACUGACUGAAGCUGCUCUGAACCGCUACAACACACACUCUCCUUCACACACAAAUUCACCAUCACACACAAACUCUCCCUCUCACACAGCUGUAACCACCACGGCACCGACUGCCACCUCCGCCGCUGCCUCUUUCUUUGCCAGAGCUGCGCAAAAGUUGAACUUGGCUUCCAAGAAGAAGAAGCAGAAGACCGCUGCAGUCACAGCCCCGGUGACAUCAUCAUCACCAUCAUGUGACCCCCCUCUGUUUCCGACCAAUUUCAGCUCCGCCCUGUUGAUGGCCCCUCCCCCAGCUCCACCCUGCCUUCUCCGUGCAGCCAAUAAGAUAAAAGACACCCCUGGGCUUGGAAAGGUGAAAGUGAUGGUGCGUGUGUGUCCAGUGUCUCAGUCGGAUGCAGCCGAGUCCAGCUCCUUCCUUAAAGUGGAUCCCAGGAAGAAGCAAAUCACCAUCAUGGACCCUUCAGCCAAUCAGACACCAAACGCUGCUUCCCAGAAAAGGGCGGGAGCCAAUCAGGUCCCCCCGAAGAUGUUCACAUUUGAUGCGGCGUUCCCUCCUGACGCUUCACAGGCGGAGGUGUGUGCAGGAACGGUUGCCGAGGUGAUUCAGUCGGUGGUGAAUGGAGCAGAUGGCUGUGUCUUCUGCUUUGGACACUCCAAGCUGGGUAAAUCCUACACAAUGAUUGGCCGUGAUGACUCUCUUCAGACUCUGGGUAUAAUCCCCUGUGCCAUCUCCUGGUUGUUUAAACUAAUCAAUGAGAGAAAGGAGAAAACAGGAGCACGCUUCUCUGUUCGUGUCUCUGCAGUCGAGGUUUGGGGAAAAGAGGAGAACCUUAAGGACUUGCUGUCUGAAGUGGCUACAGGCAGCUUACAGGAUGGACAGUCACCUGGAGUGUAUCUGUGUGAGGACCCCAUCUGUGGCAUGCAGCUUCAGAACCAGUCUGAACUGCGUGCUCCGACCCCAGAGAAGGCAGCCUGGUUUCUGGAUGCAGCCAUAGCAGCUCGCCACAGCAGCCAACGCCCCAACACCACCGAAGAAGAACAUAGAAACUCACACAUGCUGUUCACAUUACACAUAUACCAGUAUCGUAUGGAAAAGACAGGAAAAGGAGGAAUGUCAGGAGGUCGCAGUCGCCUCCACUUGUUGGACCUGGGCAGCUGUGAUGUCAAAGUACUUGGGGGAGGAGGAGGAGGAGGCGGGAAGAGCAGGGAGACCUCUUCACCCAGCUCGGCGCCUCUGUGCCUUUCUUUAUCCGCCCUCGGCAACGUGAUCCUGGCCCUGGUCAACGGGAGCAAACACAUCCCAUACAAGGACAGCAAGCUGACCAUGUUGCUAAGGGAGUCGCUAGGCAACAUGAACUGCCGGACCACCAUGAUUGCUCACAUCUCUGCCUCACCCAGAGAUUUCUCAGAAACCCUUUCUACCAUCCAGAUUGCUUCCCGCGUCCUCCGCAUGAAAAAGAAGAAAACUAAAGUCACUGUGCAAUACACCUCCAGCUCCUCUGGAGGAGAGAGCUCCUGCGAAGAGGGCCGUAUGCGCCGUCCUACCCAUCUGCGUCCUUUCCAUCACCGAGGCGACACCGACUCUGACCUUCCACUGCUGCGACUGUCCAGUGACCCUGACGAGUAUUCGAGCAGCGAGCAGUCAUGUGACACAGUGAUCUAUGUUGGCCCGAAUGGGGCUGCGGUGUCGGACAGAGAGCUGACAGACAACGAGGGACCACCAGAAUUUGUCCCAAUUAUUCCUGCUUUGCUUCGAGGAAAAACGUCAGAGCAUCAUCAAACACAAAGUCAAAGUCAAGCAGCAGGAUCCCAGAGCAAGGUGCCGCCUCAGCCAGAGGACCAGCCCAGUGGCCCCUCUCAGCCCCUGCCCCAGCCCUCUCAGUCACUACUUGGGCAGCCAUUGGCCCCUGUCCCAGAGGAAGGAGCCGAGUGCCUGAAGUGCAACACCUUUGCUGAGCUGCAGGAGAGACUGGACUGCAUUGAUGGCAGCGAGGAGGUCGCAAAGUUCCCCUUUGAAGAGGUCCCGGCAAACAAACAAGGUGCCAAACAAGAGCCAUGUCCAUCUUCAGCUGUCUCAUCCUCAGCUGCUGCUGCUCCCGGCUCUGCUGCUGUGUUGGAAACAGAAGCCAAAACAGGCUCUGCAUGUGCCAUAGAAGGUGCUGUGCAGUUCUCCUUCUCCUCAGCAGCAGCAGCCUCCAGGAGGAGGACCAAUGACCAGCAGCUGCAGGAGAUCAAGGAGGUGGUGGAGGAGGCAGAGCUGGCACAGAUGAUGAUCCACAGCCUUGCUCAGGGUUCUGGUUCCUCCAUAGUUACUAGUACCAGGAGUGUAACAGGAAGCAGCAGCAUCACUUCUAGCCCGCUGAAUAGGAUCAAGGGCUCCCACCUACAAGACAGCCGUGAGAGUCUGAAUGUGUGCAGUAACGCUGACGCGAAGACACGCCCACUAGGAUCACCACGCCUCGGCAUCGCCAGCCUGACCAAAACCUCAGACUACAGGCCUCCGUCCUCCCCGUCGCAGCGGUGUAAAGUGUAUACGCAGAAGGGUGUGAUGCCGGCAACACCCCCUCUGUCCUCACACACUCUAGCUCAAGAUGGCCAGGCCACAGAUGCUUUGACCUCUGACAACAGUUUGGCUGCAGACAGUGGCCGUUCCUCCACAGAGUCCCUGCUGUCCAGGACUUCUCCUGUGGGCAUGAGCCCACAAGUGCGAGAGCCAACUCCGUCUCUGUCUGCCAGCCUGGGCUCAGCUGAGACACUAUGUGACGAUGACGUCCCACCGAUACCCAUGGACACGCACAAGGACGCCUCGGGACUCGCAGUAUCUGUUGGACCUUUCUCGCUUGGGGAGAAUGAACUGGUGUACACUGUGGCUUCUGCAUGUGAGGAGGACCUUGAUGUUGCAGCCCUCAUGGAGACUCAGGGCCUAACCUGUCGUCCGACAAGCAUCAUCAGCUUCAAUAGUGAAUGUGGCUCUGUCACUGCCCUCCCUUCAGGCGCUCAGCACAUCAGCGUCAUCACUGCUACUGCUGAGGAUGGAGCUGUGGAGGAUUAUAACAUGCCUGCAGGUCUGGCUACAACCACAGGAGUUACAGAGGUUGUUGCCAUGGCAGAGGUGGCAAUGGCCAAGCUGCGGAUAGAAGGCGAAGCCUUAGCCACAGUGAUGUCUAACUGUGGUUCGCCUGUCUCCUCCUGGAUGAGUGAUCUGAGCAUGGGAAGUGAAGCUGACCAGUCUCUGCACAGCUUCAGCCAGUCCCAGAGCCAGCAAGGGGAGGCCCUGGCUGAUCCUGAGCCCAACCCGAGCUUCGGAGUCGAGGGGCUGGGAACUUAUGAAAGCUGUGGCAGCCCGAGAAGAGGGAGUCUGGAGGGAGAGGUGGUGCUGCAAGAGAAUGGGAGUGAAAAAGGAACUCCGACCAAAGACAGGCUGAGGAAACUGCCUCCUUCUAUGGCUAAAACUAACAUUCAAAUUCUGGCAGGACCUGGUAACCUCUCCCCUUUCAAGACUACGAUAAGCAUUCACCAUUGUGUGGCUGUCAAACCAAUCCAGGAACCAGCCAUCCUCUCCUCACCUACCAAGACUAGCUUAAUGAAAGAUGCAGGCAAAUUUAAUGCCCCACUUUUAGCUUGUACUUCCAGUGAGAUGAGCUUUGAAGACCCCUGGCUGAAGCGCGGCAUGGAGGACAGGAGGUCCAGAGAGCUUGUGUGUGAAGCAAAGCCAGAGAAAAGGGAGGUAGACCAUUUAAAGAGUCAGGCUGGAGCUGGGACCGGAGAUCACCGGAGCUUCUGCAGGGAUGGUGUGGAUCAUGGCAGCUGUAGUUCAGGUGGUGAGGUAGUGUCAUCUCCAGAUUUCUUCAAGAGAGUGGUGGAUGGUUGUGAGAUGGUCACCAUUGUUGCCCAGGGAGACUGCAUGACAAGUAUGUACAGCCCAGAUAUCCACCGUACCGCCAGUCUUCCUCGUGGCUGGCACCGUCUCAACCGACAUGAUGGCUUAGAUAAUGGAAUUGAGUACCGUAAUCUUGGCGUCACCACUUCAACUCCCUGCAGUCCCCGGGCUACACUUGACCGCAGGGGAUCAACUGGAAAACAGGGUUUUUUCUCCCACAAGAAGGGGGGGAUCCCACCUCUGCCACCGGUACGGAAGUCCAGCCUUGACCAGCGCAACAGGGCAGCCAGCCCUCUCCACCAACCCAGUCAUGGAGUCUCGCUGAUGGGCAGUCCAGCAGAUGAUUCAGGGAUAUCCGGAUGUGGCCCCAUAGGUGGCACCAGACAACGAGGCUCCAGCAUAGACAGCAGUAGACUUUUCAGUGCCAAGUUGGAGCAGCUUGCAAACAGAACCAACUCUCUGGGCCGGGUACACAGCUCCCACAGCGGUUCUCACCACUAUGACUGCUUCUCCCUGGAGAGAGGCGAGAGCCUGAGAGGGGGAGGAGGAGGAGUGAGGGGGGACAGCACCAUGCCUCGCACUGGGCGCAGCCUCACCCGUGCUGGAUCAGUAUCUUCUCCUACUGCAAACAUGACCAGCCCCGGUUUCAGUAGCAGUCCCAGUCCAAGCAGCGCUCCACAGUCACCUGCCAAAACCAACGGCCAGUCAAAGAUCUCGGCUGUCAGUAAGCUGCUGAUGACCAGUAGUCCCAAAGGCAGGAGCCUGUCUGCCUCCAGCACCAAGACUCUGAGCUUCUCAACCAAGUCGUUGAGCCAAACUGCCAGCCGCAGCUCCAGCCUUCCUCCAAACGGAAAACCCCAGAGCUCAGUCCAGAGCCCUUUGCAGCAGCAGCAGCAGCAGCAGGGAUCUUCACCUGGAUCCUGGUCUACCCAGUCUCUGAGCCGCAGUCGAGGGGGAAGCCUGGCAGCCAAGCUGCCACUCAGGGCUGUCAACGGUCGAAUCUCAGAGCUUCUUCAGGGAAGUGCAGGCUCCCGCUCCAGGAGUCAUGCCCAGGGAGGAGGCACAGAUCCUGGAGAGGAAAGAGGAGUCGCAGGAGCAAGUGGAGGGGGAGCUGGGGCAGGAGGUGGAGGUUGUGGUGGAGCUGGCCCGGGAGAAGAGAGAGCAGCAGUGGUCCAAACGCUGCCCUCUCCCUACAGCAAGAUCACAGCCCCCAGAAAACCACACCGAUGCAGCAGCGGCCAUGCAAGUGACAACAGCAGUGUACUGAGUGGCGAGCUCCCUCCAGCCAUGGGGAAGACAGCUUUGUUUUACCACAGUGGGGGCAGCAGUGGCUAUGAGAGCAUGCUGAGAGACAGCAGCGAGAACACAGGAAGUACCUCCUCCGCUCAGGACUCCCUCAGUGAACACAGCACAGCCACCACCUCCUCCAGACGGAGCUCCAAGAGCAGCAAGAAGAGCAGGAGCAACACGGGCCUCCAGCGUCGUCGUCUGAUCCCAGCACUGACCUUGGACUCUUCCUCCUCCUCCUCACCCUCCCACCGUUCCUCCAAACAGGCCAUCACUUCCUCUUCUUCCUCCUCCUCCAGCCCAGGUGCCUGCUGGGUAGAUGGCCCACUCGGGCCCCCAGCUCCCUCAAACCUCCGGGGCGCGACAGCAACGACCGAAACCUUUGAGAUCAAGGUAUACGAGAUAGAUGACGUCGAGCGGCUGCAGAAGAGAAGAGACAAAGGAGGAAGCAAGGAGGUGGUGUAUGUCAGUGCCAAGCUCCGUCUGUUGGAGCACCGCCAGCAGCGGAUCAGUGAAGUCAGAGCUAAGUACCAGUGUCUGAAGAAAGAACUGGAGCAAACCAAACAGUACCUGAUGCUGGAGCCACACAAAUGGACCACUGAGUUUGAGCUACAUCAGGUCUACGAGGUGGACUCACUGGAGUAUUUGGAAGCUCUGGAGACAGUGACGGACAAACUGGAGACCAGAGUCAACUUCUGCAAAGCCCAUCUCAUGAUGAUCACCUGCUUCGACGUGUCCUCAAGACAUCGGUAGACAGAGGGAGAGAAGGAAAGCAGGAGGACAGAGAGGUAGACACACAGCUGGACUCUAUUAGAUGUUGAUUAAUCAAACAAAUUUUGAAAAUAUCUCCUAAGUAAAUACAUCUCAUUGGAUGACUGGAUAGAUGGAGGAGGGGAUACAGGGGUGGACUGUCCACUUAAUUCAUCAUGUCAGUCAUCCUGUGUGUCCAAAUGUAAGUCGGCAGAAGGACAGAUGGAUGGAGAGAUGGAGGGAUAAAAGGAAUGGAGAUAUCUAACAGGCCAACAGACAGAUGAGCUUGUAGAUUUUUGUAAACAACCUCAGAAACAGUCACUGAACAGCAUCUAAUGGACAGGCUACUUUGAAUCAGAUAAAUAUGGUUGCCCAAAGGGGCAGACAGAUGGUUGCAAGUCUGAAAAAACACAUCAAACGUGAUCAAGUGAACACAUUUUUCCAGAGAACUGAAUAAUUGGACUGCUGAGAAGCCUCUUGGACUCAGUCGAACAUUUAGGAAUGUAUGGAGAGGAAAGAAGAGGAGAGGGGAACAAAAACUGCCAUUUUUUAAACCGAGAAGGAUGAAGGAGAGGUGAAGGAGAGAAAAAGAACAACUCAUCUCCCAUCAUUUUGGAAGAGCACUUUUUAGAGUACACACAGUUGAGAGCCAUUGACUGUAAAUACAGAGUGCUGACGACAGAAUGGCCUGGUAUUGUUGUCAGUUGAUAAAAGAGACUGACCAAGAGAAAGACAGUAGGACAAAGAAAAUGAUUUAGAUAAGUGCCUUGUGAACAUUUCAAUACCAAGACCAAUUCUCUUACUCUCUGAAUAUGUGUACAUGCAGUAAGUAUGGUGCUAGCAUAGAAAAAAACACACACAAAAGAUCAGUGUCCCUGGAAAAUCUUUGAAUUUAUAGCCAUUACUAAAUGUGAUGUUUUACUGUGGGUCAGUGCUUCAUAUUAUCAUGUUAUAAGCAAACUAUUAGUGUAUGUUUGAAUCAUAGUUGGUAUACCGAUGAGAGAUGAGGCUAAAUUUAAACUUUUUGGAUCCCUAGCAAAAGAAAAGUUAAAGGACGACCUACAGAACAAGAGGACCAACACCAAGUCCUCUUUAAAACAACAAACCUUUUGCAAGGACCAAAAACUGAAUUUGAAAAACAUACAUGAUUUUUCCAGGACACAGAGUAAUGUGUGUUUAAACAGAGAAAACUAAAAAACAAAAAAAACACUAACGCUAGGUUCUUGUGGUGUUGUUUCUUUCCUUGACUCUACUCACAGAGCACAUCUGAAUUUUGACCCUCUGGAGCAUACAUACCAUAUAUUCCCCCUGAUACAGUUGUGAUGGCUUUUUCAUGUUCACAAAGCAAUGAAACAUCUGAGUCACAUGAAAGUGGAAGUGAAAAUGUUUUUCUCUGAUCCAGUGUUAAUUACAUCCAUUGACUGACUGACAGGCGGACUGUCUGUUAUUUGUAUCUGUGUUGUUCUUCUCUAUUCUAAAAGAAACUGAAUGAUUUGUCAAUGUGUGUGUUUUAUAAUAAGGUAUCCUUUUUUAUUUGAGUGCAAUGGGACCAUGUAGAGACUAUGUAUGAUAGUACGAUCAUGGAAAUAGUAAUGUAGAGAUAUUUAAGAGGAAAUUAUGAGGAAGAGACAGGUACAGGAAAAGCCCAUUGAUAUACAUUUUUUUAAUUGAAUUUCUAUAAGGCCUGUAUACGGAAGCCCUGAAAGACUCGUACAAGUGGUGCUAUGCCGAGCCGGCCGAGCCUGCAGAGCAGAACAAGGACUGAUAUAGGCAGCUGCAGUUAGCGAGCUAGCUGUUUAACAGUUAACAAUGGGCUAGUUAGCAGUGAUUGAACUUAUUAUUAAUUAUCUAACUAUAGAACAUUUUAAUGAUACAAUCCAUACGAUUCAUCUGAAAGGUAGAUCAUAUGCCAGAUCACCCAUCCCUAGUUUAGACAGGGAGAAAUGCUUUUAGUCGGAUUUAGAGCGGGGUAGCGGUGCACCUCAACCUCUUGUGGCCGAAAGGAGUAGCACAAAAACAAACAAAAGAUUUUCUUUUCAUAGAUGAAAAAAAAAAAUAAACCGGAAAAAUGAGCCUGAAAAAAACAAAAAGUUCACCUGUUUUCACAAAUGGAAACAAAAAAUUAUCUCAACUGAUCUUCUUUUUUUUUUUUCUGCUAGCCUCUUGGGGGUUUCACAGAUGAAAACAAGAAAUUAUGCUGGCAAAAAUGAAUAAAAUUCACUUGCCUUUCAGGGCUUCCACACCUAUAUUGGAACAUAGUGGUGAAAUUAGACUGGAAAUACUUCCUAGGAACUACAGUUAUUGUUACAAAUGGCCUACUUGAAAAGUUCCAGCAUUGUUUUAAAGGAACAACUAAAAACAUAUAGAAAGGAAUGAAACUAAAGAAAGAAAAGGGUGACAACCAAAUUAUGAGGCAUAGAUCUCUGCCUGGUUCCAUUUUUUGGAUGGAUAGCAUCACAUGAAAUUUGUUAAUAUUAUUAUCUAUGGUGCUUGAGAUGUUUAUGAUCUAAAUGUUUGUACAAAUAUAAAUAUUUGAAAGAGCCUGUUUCCCUCUGAAAUACAGAACAAUACCCUUCGAAUGCUUCUUCUACAUCUCUGUCUGUUGUUGUCAACAUCCACCACCCUCCCCUCUGAACACCCUUUGCCCAGGAAGCAGAGAGCAUUCUGGGAGAUCCUGUUUGUAGUCUGAGAGUUAAAAGAAGGAAUAGACUUCACAGGAGAGGAAAUGCUGUGAUGUCAGUAUGAUUUGUCAAAAGCUUCGUAGUGCUAAAUUUAUCCAACAGAACAAGCUCAGUUUUUAUAUUUUAGACUGGACUGAUACAAACACAGAAAAUAUCUAUCUGUUUCAGGUUUCGAUCUUCUAAUGCCCGUACAGAGACAUAACAGUUAUUAAUUUCAUGUGCAGUACACCCACAGUGGCAGCCAUGAGAUAAUAUAGUGGGAAAUUAUCCCAGUAAGUCACAUGCUUUGACAGACUGGACCCAUGAAGUGUUUUCGCCAGAGGUGGGCAAAGUGCUCCUGUGAUGUCGCCACUUGUUUCCUUUAUCUCCCAGUUCACUGUGCAAGUCAUGAAUGAAGUUUUUAUUUAUUUGAGCUCAGGAGAGCAGAGGUGCUUAUUAAUGUUUUUAUUUAUUUACACCUUAUGAUCUUAAAAAGUUACUAUGCAUUUAAGAAAAAGAAAAAUAACUGUACAUACUUUGCUGAGCCCAUGUCAUAUAUAAAUAUAUACUGUAUACAUAACAUAUAUGCGCUCAUCUUUAUUUAUUUAUAUAUUUUCUGUUGAUUUCAUUUGCUCCUGCUGUUCCUGUUGGGGAUUGUAAUGGGUUUGGGUUUCCUAAAACUUCCACAUCCAGGACAGUUAUGUGGUUCCAGCACAACAAAAAUUUUCAUUCGAGUAAAUUCUGAGCAGAACUUAAAAAUGAUGGUUAAUCUUUUACACGUAAAGAAGAAAACGAUUUAGCAUGAAAACAGUUGUGUUGUCUUAAAUGAAAUUCCAGUAUAUUCUACAGUAUUAACUACAGCCUUGUGUAAUUAGCAGUGGAUGUUUUGGGAACCCCAACCUCUGGAUGAGCUUAAUGGCCUGUACUUGUUUCCCGUUUUAAAAUGCUAUGUGUGAGGUUUCUUGCUCCAUGUGUCACUGCCAAAUGAACUACGGUAGCGCUUUAUAAUUCUAGCAUAACUGUGAAAAACACCUUAGGUUUUGGCGGACUUUUCAGGAAUAAGAGUUCCUUUUUCAUCAGAGGUAACCAAGCUAAAAGGGAUGCACUCAUUGCGAGGUGCAUUAAAAAUCUUAAAAAUCUUUUAUGUCAUGUUGUAGGACAAAAAAGAAAAACAAUAACGACAUACAGUCAAUAAUGAACAAAUUGAUAUAUGUGAUGUUAAAUGUUUUGCAGGAGCUUUCAAGAAUUAUAUUGUGUUAUCUGGAAAUUUGACACAUAGCAUCUUUUAAAGAGUAUUGUGUGUUAAAGUCUGGGUCAGGCCACAUUUUACCAAAACUUUUUUCUUGCAGUAAGGGAAAUUUUAGUUCUGUUCAGUUUUAAGGGUCAGUUGUGGGAAAAUCUGUACAGAACUUAUUAAAACCAGUUUGUCUGUGUCAGUUUACGACACGAUGAAAUGAUGAAGUGCAGGAUUCUCACUGGGUGUGUCGUUUCCAUCUGUCAAGACUGUGAUCGUACUCUCCUCUGCAGAUUUACUGUUUUUGAGAAAUGUGGUCUGACACAUUGUGUUGAUGGAAGAGCAAGAUGGAGGGAUGUAAAUAAAGGAAUGUAUUGAAAGAG